AUGGGUUCUCUCCCAUCUCCACCAAGACCCUCAACUCCACCACCUUCCUCACCAAACAACUCUCUAUCCAGUUACAGGGUUUGCGCCACAUUUUGCUUCAGAGAACCAGCGCCAAACUUGAACAUCUCUAACUGGAUAGAGUUCUACGACCCAUCAACCAACACAUGGACACAUGCUAGCUCGAUCCCUGGCCUCACUGAGAACCAUAUCUUGAAGGGUUUUGCUAUGGUGUCUUUAGGUGACUCGGUUUACAUAAUUGGUGGUAGGGUUUGCCGCAAGGAGAGAGCUCACACGUCAGAUGAGUGCAGUGAGCUUGUUGACGUGGAUAUUGAAGUCUCUUCAUCUGUGUUGCGUUACAAUGUUGGGUCUGACCAAUGGUCAACGUGUGCGCCACUUGGCAUCUCGAGGUGUGACUUUGCCUGCACGAUUUCCGAGAACAAGAUCUAUGUGGCCGGGGGUAAGUCCACGUUAGCAUGUGCAAGGGGGAUUCCAUUAGCUGAGGUGUACGAUCCCGAGCUCAACGAGUGGACCCCGCUGCCUAACAUGAGCACAUUGAGGUACAAUUGCGUGGGCGUGACAUGGCUAGGUAAAAUCUACGUGGUGGGAGGUUUUGCAGAGAGGGCUGACUCAGAGCUGCCUCCAAUAAUGGUGCGCAGCUGUGCUGAGGUGUACGACACGCAAACAAGGAUGUGGGACCUCAUAGUGGGGAUGUGGCAAUUGGAUGUGCCACCAAAUCAAAUUGUGGAAGUAGAUGGGAGACUUUUUAGCUCUGGUGAUUGCUACAAGCAAUGGAAAGGUCACAUUGAGUCAUAUGAUGGGAAGCUCAACAUAUGGAAUGAAGUUGAAGGGUCCCAAAUACAAAGUCUGAAUUCCCUGAUAUCUGCAUUGGGCACGCAAGAUGAUCACAACUGGGCACUUAGCCAGAGGCGUUACCUAACAAUGGCACCCAUUGGCGUUAACUUGUACUUCCUGGCAGGGUAUGGCAUAUACAGAGAAUUGUCAAGAACAAUGUCGAUCGUUCAUAAAUUUGAUAUCUCAGCAACCAGUGAUGCAUGGACAAGCAUGGAGCCGAUGGAGGAGGAUGGAGAGAAAGAGCUCUGUGGGCAUUGCUGUGUUGUUCAACUCACAUGA